CAAAACGAAACCACAAAGAUGUACAGCCUUGAGAAGAAGCCUAUUUCUGCUCCUCAUGAACCUUUUACCCGCGGCAAACUGGGACAGAGUAUCUUUAAAAAGGAUCCAGAAUUCGAUGCGACUGGCACCAACAUACGGGAUGAUAAUCACUAUAACUGUCUGCAUGAUCCACACCUGAAGUUCUUUUUUAGUCAGCCAGAAAAGAAAAAACACCUGGAGAAAAUGGGGCUUAUUACAGACGAUAACCAAGUGCUGUGCUCGCGGUCUGAGCUCAAGCACUAUGAGAACUACAGAUCGCCUGAUCAGAUCAUCUGCGGAAAGUAUUUGCUUCAUCAACAGACAUCAAAGAAGAAAAUGACGAAGAUGGACAGCUCUAAUAAGAAGGUGGUCUCUGAUGCUCCUCCUGAACGAUUUACCAGAGGCAAACUGGGAAAGAGUAUCUUUAAAAAGAAUCCAGCAUUCGAUGCCACUGCCACCAACAUGCGGCUCAAUAAUCAUUAUAACUGUCUGCAUGAUCCACACCUGAAGUCUUUUUUGAAUCAACCAGAGAGGAAAAGACAGCUGAAGAAAAUGGGGCUCAUCACAGAUGAUAACAAGGUGCUGUGCUCUCGGCCUGAGUUCGAGCAGUAUGAGAACUACAGGUCGGCUGUUCGGAGAAGCUGUGAGAAGUAUUCUCUUCAGGAAAUGAUUUCACAGCAUGAAACCACUAAGACGGAAAAGUAUAAGAAGAAGCCAGUUUCUGCGCCUCCUAACCUUUUCACCCGAGGCAAAAUGGGAAAGAGUAUCUUCAAAAAAAAUCCAGAAUUCGAUGCGACUGGCACCAACAUACAGGACAUUAAUCAGUAUUGCUGUCUGCAGGAUCCACACCUUAGGUCCUUUUUUAGUCAUCCAGAGAAAAAAAAACACCUGGAAAAAAUGGGGCUUAUCACAAUGGAAGAUGAAGUGCUGUGCAUGCGGUCCGAGUUCAGUCAGUAUGAGACCUAUACAUCGCCUGAUCAGAUGAUCUGCCAGAGGUAUUUGCUUCAUCACGAGAUGUCGGAGAACAAAGCGAAGAUGGGCGGCCUUAAGAAGAGGUCACUUUCUGCUCCUGCUAUACUUUUUAGCCGAGGCAAACUGGGAAAGAGUAUCUUUAAAAAGAUUGCAGAAUUUGAUGCGACUGACACCAACAUGCAGUUCAAUAAUCAGUAUACUUGUCUGCAUGAUCCACACCUGAAACCCUUUCUCCAUCAACCAGAGAGGAAAAAACUGCUGAAGAAAAUGGGGCUCAUCACAGACGAUGAACAAGUGCUGUGCUCUCGGCCUGAGUUUGAACAGUAUAAGAGCUACAGAUUGGCUGUUCGGAGAAGCCGCAGGAAGUAUUCUCUUCAAGACAUGGAAUGGCUAAUGCAUAAAGGUAAAAGCAAGAGGACCUUCAAGAAAGGAUACAAGAAAGUUUGUCAUACGAUGGUAGACACUUCUUCAAGUCCUGCAAUGAAGGAAAUUCACAUUUCAGCACUGGAGGUGUUGAACAAGAUUAUAACUGAACUAUCACCACCGAAACUCAUGUUGGAGUGGAACGACCACCAUAGUAUACAUAGCAAAACCCCUCCAAUCUCUGACAUUGAACUCAAGGAGGACCGAGAGGACAGUUUGGACAUGGUGGAGGAAGUAAUCAUUCCGUCAUUGGACACUGAGAGCUUCCCCUCUACCUCACAACCUAGUUUCUUCACUAGCGAUAUUGUGAGAUCUGCUGUGGAGGAGCUCUUAGCAGUAAUCUCUAAGCAAGAGGUAUUGACCUCUCCAAAGGAGGCAUCCAGUGAGUUAGAUUUAUCCCCCGGUACUUCUAAAACAGAGACUCAUGGACCAGAUGGACCUCAAAAUGACCUCUAUCAAACACUACAGGAAAUUCAGACCAAGGCAGAGAAGGGGGAAACAUCUGACUGGACAGAGGCAACAGUAUCACCUGAAAACAUGGAGAUGGUCAUGGACUUAAUCACAGAAAUAAUGACAGUGAGCAAACCUGAAGAUGGCGCUGAUACUUUGAACGAGGUUGAAGACACCCCAGCUGUAGAUGGAAGAGAAAAGAAAGGAAAUCCACUACAGAACUUCUUCAGAAAAAUCUGGCAAAUAAUAAAGCAACUUUUCCACGACGGGAAAUAAUGCAACAAGGUUGGAGCCCAUGUUUAUGUGUUUUGCUCAGGAUGCAGUGAUCGAUUGCUAAUCAGCACCCUUUUGAUCAGAAGACGAAUUAUGUAUUACCCUAGUAUCCGGUGUGACCAAGAUGAUAAUGAGUUCCCUUCUGAGUCUGGUUCCUCUCAAGGUCUAAUACCACAUGAGGGAGUUUUUCCCUGCCACCAUAGACUCUGGCUUGCUCUUUGGGGAUAUAAAUAUACACCCGGAUUUAUAAACAUUCACUAUUA